AAACAUCUAUUUAUCGUCACAUUCUGUCUCAUCUUUAUUGCACUCACCUUUAUUUGUUCAUUUGCAAUCGCCGAAACUCCACCACCAUUGCCUGUAACAAUACCACAAAUGGGAAAUCAAGCUCCAGUUGGUAUGUUCACACCCGAAAUGACAAUUACGCAAGGUGGUGCCUUUCUUCCUGGAGGUGGAGCGAUUCUUGCGGAACCUAUUCCUGAAUUGGGAAAUCUACCUGUUCCUGAUCCGGUAAUGGAAGGGGCACCAGCAUUUAUUAAUCCAAACAAGCUUAAAAAACGAUUUUUCAGAGCUUAA